AUGGUGGUAGUGGAGGAGGAGGAGGUGGUUAUGGUGGCGGUGGUAACGCAGGAGGUGGAGGAGGCUAUGGUGGCGGAGGCUCAGGAGGCGGAGGUUAUGGCGGCGGUGGAAAUUCAGGUGGAGGAGGCUAUGGUGGCGGAAGCUCUGGAGGUGGUGGCUAUGGAGGCGGUGGCUCCGGAGGCGGCRGUUACGGUGGCGGCGGCUCCGGAGGCGGCGGAUACGGAGGUUCAGGCGGAGGAGGYUCCGGUGGUUAUGGUGGGGGAGGUUCAGGAGGCGGAGGCUAUGGCGGUAGCGGUGGUGGAGACGUUAUGUACAUUGAAAUGGGAUUAUUUACAGAAAAGAGGUUACGCMAGUCAAGGAGGUGGCGGAGGAGGAUAUGGAGGCUCAGGAGGCUCAGGAGGAGGCGGCGGUAGUUAUGGUGGUGGAGGUUCCUCCGGAGGUGGUGGCUAUGGAGGCGGUGGCUCCGGUGGCGGCGGUUACGGAGGCGGCGGUUCCGGAGGCGGAGGCUAUGGAGGUUCGGGUGGUGGCGGUUCCGGAGGCUAUGGAGGUUCAGGUGGCGGCGGAUCAGGAGGUUAUGGGGGUGGAGGAUCUGGAGGAGGAGGCUAUGGUGGUGGCGGAUCCGGUGGAGGCGGUUAUGGAGGUUCAGGAGGUUCCGGAGGUGGAAGUUAUGGCAGUCAAGGAGGUGGCGGCUAUGGUGGCGGUGGCUCUAGUGGUGGUGGUUAUGGUGGAGGCGGCUCUGGUGGUGGAAGUUAUGGUGGCGGAGGAUCUGGAGGUGGAGGCUAUGGUGGUGGCGGAUCAGGCGGUGGAGGUUAUGGCGGAUCGGGUGGAGGUGGUUCGGAGGUGGAGGAUAUGGAGGCUCAGGAGGUGGCGGCGGUGGAUAUGGAGGUUCCGGUGGUGGGGGCGGUAAAGGAGGCGGCGGUGGAGGAUAUGGUGGCGGUGGAAAAGGAGGCGGUGGCGGAGGUUAUUCAUCACAAGGAGGUGGUGGAGGAUAUGGGGGAGGAAGUUCAGCUGGUGGAGGAUAUGGAGGAGGCGGUUCAGGUGGCGGAGGAUAUGGAGGAGGCGGUUCAAGUGGUGGAUAUGGUGGCGGAGGAUCUGGAGGCGGUGGAUAUGGUGGAGGAGGCGGUGGUCGCGGCGGCGGAGGUUAUGGUGGCGGCGGCGGAGGCGGUAAAGGAGGUGGAGGUUAUGGCGGAGGCGGCUCAGGUGGUGGAGGAUAUGGCGGCAGCGGAGGCGGCGGCUAUGGUGGCGGCGGUGGUGGUGGUAAAGGAGGCGGUGGUGGCGGAUAUGGAGGCGGCGGUGGAGGCCGUGGAGGUGGCGGUUACGGUGGCGGCGGCGGCGGAGGCAAAGCUCAACUCGCCGGCGGUUAUUAAUAGUUGUCAUUUGAUACUCACUGUACGAUCAUUUCGUGUAUAUCUUAAAAUCUAUGUCCACUCAAAAUACCACUACUUAUCACCACUUAAGAUAUUUGGUUACACAUUGAGUGCUGAAUAUCUCAAUUGGCACGCGUCGGACAUCACCCGAAUACGUGUGCUCCGGGAGUUUGGCGGUAUAUAUCUGGAUAGAGAUGUUUAUGUUGUGAAAAGUUUAAAUCAGUUUCGCAACUAUGAGAUGACUCUAGACUUUGAACGUUCACCGGAUGACAGCAAAGUGUUAGCUUCGCAGACAUUGUUGGCGCAUAAAAACGCCCGGUUCUUAAAACUAUGGCUAAUGUCUUACUGCGAUUACCGACCAGAACUCUGGUACUACAAUACGGGUGAAUUACCGACCAAAGAGAUACUAAACAAACGGCCGAAUCUGAUUCAUGGUCUGAACGGAGAGUUUGGUGCCGAAGGUUAUCGCGUUUGUCCUGAACUCUACCAUAAGUAUAGACACGAUUGGAGACAAAUCUAUUAUGCGGUACAUCUGCUUAUUAGAGGUGAUUAUCUUUCGCCAAACGGUUGGUGUCUCAAUGGUAACCGACCCGCGAUAUCCCAGUUUGAUGAACACAAUAUCCGUCAAUURAACACAACGUUUGGCGAAAUGUUUCCGGACGAGACUAACACUACUACCUUAACAGUCUCAUACAGUUUAGUAUAA